GUAGAAGCAUACAUUCUGCCAUAUUAAACAAGACAACAAGCAACUCAAAAAGCUUCAAAUAAGUGAAAACUUCACCCAAGCACCAAAAGCAGGAAAUCAAGAAAACAAGUGAGCUCAUAAUGACACCACUGGUCAUUGCAGUCUCCUCAUGUGCAUUAUUCGGACAAAAGGAAGGGGAGACCUACCCCAAAGGAGUUGCUUUUCCAUUUGUCAAGGCUCUUGAAAUGGUGAAUCAACGCUUGAGGGAGCUGAAACCAGCCGUUCGAGAGCGGAUCAAAAUUGUGUUGAUACCUACCAGCAGGCAGGACAUGGAUCACCUAAAUAAGAACAUCAAAAACUACAAUCUGAAUAUUGAGAUUGCUCAAGAAAAACCCUUCCUUGAUCUCCUUCAUGAGAUCAAGCCUGUUCUGUACCUUUCCACAAACUCACACAAUGUGAAAGAGGCCAUCGGAGCAGGAUUCGGAGCAGCCACUAUGUUCCUGGGAGAUUAUGACAACCACAGUGCUGAAGUGUUACGUGUGGCCUUUGAUGGUGAUGGAGUCCUGUUUUCAGAUGAGUCAGAGAGAGUCUACAAAGAGAAAGGUCUACAGGCUUUCUUUCAAAAUGAGCGCGAUCAAGAGGGCACAUCUUUGGCACUGGGUCCUCUAAGAGGGUUUUUUGAAUCCUUGGUAGUUCUCCAGUUGUUGUUCAAAGACAGAAAAGAAAAUAGUCCAAUUCAUACCUACUUGGUAACAUCACGCGGCCCAACAAGUCCUGCACUCAGAGCACUAAAGACUUUUCGGGAGAACAGUCUGGAGACAAAUGAGGCAUUCUUUCUAAAUGGUGCCCCUAAAGGGCCUGUGCUGAAAAUAAUCAAACCUCAUAUAUUCUUUGACGACCAGAAGGUACAUGUUGAUGGAGCCCUUCAAAAUGGGGUCGUUGGGGCUCAUGUACCUUAUGGUGUGAGGAAUGAGUGAAAAUAAAACCUAAUCUCAAUACCAUACAGCACCAUACUAAUUGUUUUCCACUCUUGUUUCUUAAGUAUUUAAGCAUAAAUGAAAUAAAGGGAAAUGCUAAUUAAGGAACUGUUAAGCCGGUAAUUAUAUUUUAAUGGUGAAAUAAUCAAUAAAUUAUUACCUAAAUGGCUUUUUCUCUGUCCUUGAUUCUUGCUAUUAUUAAACAAAGAAGACAAUA